CGCAUUCUCGACCGCAACCGUAGAACAUCAUUAUCUCAAAUAUAGGUUCUCUACCGCAGAAGACCGUGUUUCGGCCACCACCGAGCCCCGUUCACAUGUCAACGAAAGGUGCCGAACAAUUGUCUUGUUCACACGUGUUCGGCACUUCGCAUCUUUCGUUGGCACUCGUGAAAACUCUGCCAUCCGAACCUCAGCUCUGCCAUACACGCCCUACAUCUGUGAUGGUGACGUUCUGUCAGUGGGAGGUGGCAAGCCCCACGUCCCAUGUCCUACUAACUGACAGUACUGCCGCUUACCCGUCAUAAAAGUUGCAAACACGCUGCCUCACGGUUCAGAUUGUAUUUCGGAGCAACGCGCGCCGGAUAUUACACCGGAUAAACCGGAGUGUGACAUUUCGCCUCUUUUAUACCUCUAUCAAUAUCUUUUUCACCGUACCCAUCUUUUUCUACAUUUGCUGUCUGCUCUCGUGUUUUUCACAUAUAUACGUGGCAGAUAAAACAACCUCGAUAACAUGUGCGGAAUUUUUGCAUAUCUGAACUAUUUGACACCGAAGAGCAGGAAAGAAAUCUUGAAGUUACUCGUAGGUGGCCUGAAAAGAUUAGAAUAUCGUGGAUAUGAUUCUGCAGGCGUCGCCCUUGAUAGCGCGGAUGGCAAGGACAUGUCAAUUAUCAAGAAACAGGGAAAGGUUAAGGCUCUCGAAGAGGAGAUAUUUUGUCACACCAAUCUUGAUUUCGAGUCGCAAAUUCAGUCCCAUCUGGGUAUUGCUCACACGCGAUGGGCGACCCACGGUGUACCAUCGGAAGUGAAUGCUCAUCCUCAACGCUCCGACAGUGAGCAUGGCUUUGUUGUUGUUCACAAUGGUAUUGUGACAAAUUAUAAGGAAGUCAAAACUCUGCUUACACAGAGAGGAUACGUAUUCGAGAGCGAUACUGAUACCGAAAUUAUUGCCAAAUUGAUUCAUCAUUUUUGGGUGCAACAUCCCAGGUACUCGUUUCGUGAACUCGUCGAGCAGGUUGUUCAGCAAUUGGAAGGAGCUUUUGCUCUUUGCUUCAAAAGCAAGUACUUCCCAGAUGAAUGCGUGGCUACGAGGCGUGGAUCGCCGCUUCUCGUUGGUAUCAAGACAAAAACAAGAUUAGCUACCGAUCAUGUGCCUAUUUUAUAUGGAAAAGAUGACCUUGAAUACACAAGAAAAGAAGGUGAAGCACCGUCUCAAGAUCAUCGACCACAUGGUAGAGAUACGGAACUUCCGGUUAUACCGCGUAGCGACAGCACGUCUGAAUUUCAACCCCUCGAGGAUAAGGAAGUUGAAUAUUUCUUUGCUUCUGAUGCGAGUGCCAUAAUCGAGCACACAAAUCGUGUGAUAUUUCUGGAAGACGAUGAUGUGGCGGCCGUCAAGGAAGGUACCUUGAGCAUUCAUCGCCUUCGUCGUUGCAUGGACGAUCCUCAUGCACGUGAGAUCACAACGUUGAAGAUGGAGAUUCAGCAAAUCAUGAAGGGCAACUAUGACUAUUUCAUGCAGAAAGAAAUUUUUGAACAGUCGGAAUCGGUGGUGAACACCAUGAGAGGACGUUUGAAUUUUCAAGAUAACUCUGUCACUUUGGGUGGAAUUAAAGAUUACAUUCCCGAGAUCAAAAGAUGCAGACGCCUCAUGUUGAUUGGAUGCGGUACGAGUUACCAUUCUGCUAUAGCUACGCGACAGCUUCUCGAAGAACUGACAGAAUUGCCGGUGAUGGUUGAACUUGCGUCCGAUUUCUUAGAUCGCAACACGCCAGUCUUUAGAGAUGACGUUUGUUUCUUUAUCUCUCAAUCAGGCGAAACAGCUGAUACUUUAAUGGCGCUAGAUUAUUGUAAAAGUCGUGGAGCUCUUAUUGUGGGUAUAACUAAUACGGUUGGUAGUAGUAUUUGUCGCAAGUCCCAUUGCGGCGUGCACAUCAAUGCCGGUCCCGAGAUUGGUGUGGCAAGUACCAAGGCUUACACUUCGCAAUUCAUUUCUCUCGUGAUGUUUGCACUAGUAAUGAGCGAGGACAGAAUCUCUCUUCGUGCGAGACGUUUACAGAUUAUUGAAGGUCUGAAAAAUCUUGAUAAUCUCAUUCGUGAAGUAUUAAAGCUUGAUGAUAAAGUAAAAGAAUUGGCUAAGUCUUUAUUUCAACAUAAGUCUCUGUUGAUCAUGGGUCGUGGAUAUAAUUUUGCUACAUGUAUGGAAGGUGCACUUAAAGUAAAAGAAUUGACAUAUAUGCACAGCGAAGGAAUUAUGGCAGGUGAAUUAAAACAUGGUCCAUUAGCUCUUGUUGACGAUUCUAUGCCAGUGAUUAUGAUUGUGAUGAGAGACCCGGUAUACAAAAAAUGCAUGAAUGCACUGCGGCAAGUUACUGCCCGAGAUGGCAAACCGAUCAUUAUUUGCGAGGAAGGAGAUGAAGAAACGAAAUCUUUUGCUGAUAGGGCACUUGAAAUACCCAAAACAGUCGAUUGCUUACAAGGAAUUCUCACUGUUAUUCCUAUGCAAUUAUUAUCAUUCCAUAUUGCGGUUUUGCGUGGUUGUAACGUAGACUGUCCAAGAAACUUGGCAAAAUCGGUUACGGUCGAGUAAAGAUCAAACAGAUACAAAUACGGUGUAAAUUCGUUCGGAAUAUGUCACAAAACCACAAGUUAUGUUUACUACGAUUUUAUGUUUCCGAAAUUUUUUAAACUAUACAAAGAUGAGAGAACAUAACAAAAGAAAAAAAAUA